AUGGCGGACAGCCCAGUAUACAUCGGCACUUGGGUCAACUGGACCAAGGGUUCAGUUCUGGGCUCUACCGUGACCAUUUCCGCCGACCAUGGAGCCUAUCUCGUCGCCUUCCUUGCGCUGUUCGUGCGAUGGGCGGGCGCUCACCUGUGGAGUAUCAUUUGCUUCUGCCUGCACCAAUGGCGGUCGACUCCUGAAGAGCGAGACGGCCUCUACCAUCAACAGCAAGCCGUGCUGCGGAAUGCUCUUAGCGAUUCCAGCGUGCUGUGGUUCCUCACAAAGCUCGGCUGGAACUGGAAGAACAACACCCACGGCGCAAUCCGGCGCAACGUUCCCUUGAUGAUAAUCACCGUCUCACACAUGAUCAUCUUCGCCAUCUGCGGUAUCUUCUCGUCUCGAGUCACUUCUGUUGGGGACGAGGUCCUUAUUCGAAGCCCCAUCUGUGGAUGGACAGAAGAGCUGAGGGCUCUAAGUCUCGGUGACACCUACAAUCAACACGACUACGACAUUGCAGAUGCGUUGUACACUACGGCCCACUCUACCCUGCAAAAAGGCUCUAGCUACGCCCGCCAGUGCUAUGGGGAGUCGGCCAGCAAUUGGGGUUCUAUUUGUUCCACCUAUGCACAGCCGCGAAUCAAUUCCCAGGUGGACGGGAAGGCACAGUGCCCCUUUCCCGAUGGGGUCUGCAACACCACCAACGCCUUUUCUGUUGAUUCUGGAUACAUCGAUUCGGACAGCCAUCUGGGCAUCAACAUGCCACCAGGAGACCGAGUAAAGUACAGAAAAGUCACGACUUGUGCGCCCAUCGAUGCGGACAACAGGUACAGCACUUGGACGACUGACGGCUGGUCCAAUGUAACUCUUCCUAAAGUUUUUGAGAGGAUCGAAGGGAACACGUACGUCUAUUACGACAUGGGGUACAACUACAUGUGGGGCACCAAUUUCACCUUCUCCUACAGCAACUUUUCUUUCCUCACCUCUACAGAGCCUUACACCUUGAAAGGCUACUCCGCAUUCAGCGGAGCGACGGAUCUCCAUGAUUUCGAGCCGAUAGACGACUUUCACAAAGAGGACGCUGACGUCACCCUUUUGAGCCUCACGAACAACGCCCGCUACACGGAAGAGGUCAUGGACCCCUGGUUCAGGGCCAACAUUGAAAGAGCCAACAGGGACAUUGGUGUUGAGGACGACGCAUGGUUGUGGUACCCAAACACGAUUCAAUCUGUCCUAGCCUGCACAGAGCAGUAUCAGUUCUGCAAUGGCGACAUAUGCACGCCGCUGACAGGACUGUUCAACGUCAAUUCUACGGUGAACCCAGAUCUCCACUUCAACCAGAACCAAAUGGCGACGUACAAAGUGCUGUGGAGAGCUGUUCGCGACUCCCGACUGCAGCACAUCCUGUUCAUGCUCAAGAGCCGGGCCUUGGUGGCACCAGACUUUCUUUGGGGCAGCAACUUCGUUUCAUCAAAACUCAGCGACAACCAGUGGGAGAUCGAAGUCCAGAAUCUGCAGAACGUCUCCAUGGCAUUGACACAGCGAAGGGUCGUCGAGUAUGCCUCGCCGCCUGACAUCGAGAUUCGGGCUGGCACGAGGUCUACAGAAUACGUCAUCACGCCACAAGCAAGCGACGAGCUGAAGAUGUGCAGCAGCCAGAAGAUCCGCAGCACCGCUUUCUCAUCAUUUAGUGUCGUCGGCCUCUGCAUCAUAAUGGGUGGCGGCACAGUCAUCAUCCUGCUCAACUGCUGGCUCACUGACAUCGUCCACUGGGUCAUGAAGUCGACCGGCAAGGGUCAUUACCAGCGCCUCGAGUGGAUCGAGGGCGAGACGCUCCAGCUUCAGCGCAUGGCCUUUGAGGGGCGUGGCGUUACAGACUGGAAGGGCAGGGAUGCCUGCGUCCCGGUCACCACAAUCUUCGCUCACAAGUUCCCGAUGCCCACGCCUUGGAGUGCGCCUGCAGUCGCCGCUCCGGUCGUUCAGCAGUACGAACAGAAGUCGCAUCCGCAGCAGGGUUACACUUAUAGCGCGGUACCGGUCGAUACGCCAAUGAUGACCGAUCAGAUGUCGCCUCCGCCGGCGUAUGGAGGUCAGCAAGCCUACUUUGGACGGCAGUAG